AUGCCGGGUAAAACACCUUCGUACCUGAUCGGCAUUGACGUCGGCGGAACAAAUACAGACGCCGUCAUACUUCAAAAUGAGGAGGUCGUGGCCUGGCACAAGACUCCUACGACCUCUGACAUACAAGCAGGUGUCGAGCUCGCCAUUCGAGAGGUUGUGAGAAAGGGGCACAUCACUUCAGGUCAAAUUAAAUCGGUCAAGAUUGGCACGACUCAACUUAUCAACGCAGUUCUCGAGCAGGAUCGAAGCAAGCUUGACAAGGUCGCGGUUAUUCGGCUAUGUGGACCUUAUACUCAGCGGUCUCCGCCAUUCAUGCAUUUCCCAGCAGGUCUUCGUACCUUGAUGGAAGGGCAUUGUGGUUAUGUAGAUGGUGGCUAUCAAGAACAUCAUCUGAUUGAACUAGUCGACGGCAGACUCAUUCGUGCGUUAAGACAUGAACAACUCAAGGAACAAGCUGCCAUAAUCAAGUCGACGUCGAUCAAAAGCAUAGUCGUGAUCGGCAUAAACUCUCCAUCGAAUCCAAAGCAGGAGUUGGAAGCGGAAUCUGUUCUCGUUUCGGAACUUGGACCGGGAUACGAUAUCUCUUGCUCCCACAAGAUUGGCAGACUAGGCUUCCUUGAACGAGAGAAUGCUAGCAUCCUCAACGCAAGUUUACGACGCUUUGCUCGUCAUGUCAUCGCAGGUUUCAAGUUUGCCGUCCAGAGAUUGGGCAAAUGCAGUUUAUACAUCACACUCAAUGACGGGACCUUGAGUAAAGCGUCGGAAGCCGCCGAGUAUCCAAUAGGUUGCUUCUCAUCAGGACCUACGAAUAGUGCAAGAGGAGCGGCCCUGCUGGCGGGGUCACUUUCACCAGAUGAGGCAGACGACAGAGAAGUCCUCGUGGUAGACGUGGGAGGGACCACGACUGAUAUCUGCGCCUUGUUGAAGACUGGUUUUCCGAGACAAUCCGCUGCUUUCGUCAAGGUUGCUGGCGUAAGAACUAAUUUCACUAUCCCUGAUGUACACAGCAUCCCCUUAGGUGGCGGCUCUCUUGUCAGAACAGAACAUGAUCGAACUUGUAUUGGUCCAGACUCGGUAGGGUCACGCCUGGUCCAAGAUGGAAUCUAUUUUGGAGGGCAGACUCUCACUGCAACAGACUUGAUCUUGUCCAACGAUCUUACAGAAAGACUUGUCCCAUCACAUCUCAGGGCCUCUGGACUGAUAGAGGUCAAGAGAGCAGUAGAGGAAGCGAUUGACCUUGUCAAGACGAAGCAGGGCGAUGCGAGAGUAAUCCUCGUUGGUGGAGGGAGUAUCAUCAUUGGUGAUGAGAUUGCAGGAGUGGGAGAGCUUACCCGCCCCAAACAUUUUGAAGUGGCCAAUGCCGUUGGUGCUGCGAUCGGGAAGAUCAGCGGUUCGGUAGAUACGAUCGUUGCACCAAAGGCUGAUAAUACCUCAAUGGAAGAGCAGAUCGAGGAAGCCAAAGGUCUUGCAAUGGACCGCUGUGUUGCUGCAGGAGGAAACAGGGCCACACUAGAAGUCGUGGAGAUCGAACUGAUACCGGUCUCUUACGCCACCAACGGAGCUACGAGACUGAUUGUUCGGGUUGUUGCGGACCUAUCGGAAGGCCAUGAUGAUCCAGAAGAAAGCCAAUUGCCCAUACUUGACGAUUUUGGUAAAGUCGCCGCUACCGAGAAUUAUAUAAAUGGGUUCGAUUCCAAAGCAUCAUCUUACGAUAUCAUCCACCAACUUGACGUUGAGUCAUACAAACCGAGGAUAGAAGGGGACCUGUGGUAUUUGUCAGAAACAGACUUGCAAUUCCUGCAAGACGGCACAGGAGUUCUGGGAGUCGGAAGCUGUGGUGAUGCCUACCCCAGCUAUGUUGCCUGCUUGCACGCGUUAGCUAAGGGCGAGGCUAUCACCAUCAGACGACAGGAAACACUACCCGAUAGUGCUGUGGUCCUGGCUGCUGGUUUCAUGGUGAGCGCCCCUCUGCCUUCCGAUUAA